CAUGUGACCCUUUUUACUUGUGCUCUCAAGUCUAACAUGUGGUCCCACCUUGGACCCUCUUGAUUGGGACGCUUCUUUCUGCAUCCCAAUCCUCCAUGAAUUAUAUCCCACUGGUUCUUUCCCUUUUGUGCAGCACAGCAUCAUGGACAGCCCAUUUCUCAGUUCUCACAUUUUGUCAUCAGACACACUCACCUCCUGAUUCUUCACUUGUCCUCAUCAGUCCAGAGAGGAAUGCAGACAAAAAGUCUUUGAUCAUUCAUUAGAAUCGUGGCUUUAAGAUUUCGUUUACAAACAUAUUCUAAGAUUUGAAACCUAUAAAACAAAGAUAUGCCACUGUUUCUAAGCCUCUACCAAACGCAAUAAUCAUUCCCCAUCCACCCCAUUUCUCCUAAAUACCUCUACAUUAUAAUCUAAUUAAUUCUAGAAACAUAAGAUUGGAAUGUUACGGGAUGGAACAUUCAAAAUAUGGUUUUUAAAAUGUUGCAUCUGUUCAUUUGGACAAAACUUGUGAAAAGUGGAAAUGAAAUCAAGUCCAACCGUACGAUGACUCUUUCCAACGACAUGUGAAACAGAGGCGUAAAUUCAACAUUACAACUAUUCACGGUGGAAAUAAUGAUUUGGCUGGAGGAGCCAUUCUUUUCAACGGCGAAUGAAUUGUUUGCAUUCUGCACCAUCAUAUGUAUUUGUCAUCUGAGAAGUCUUUGGUUCAAAAGCCAACGCAAAGGUAGGCAUGUAGUCUUUUGGAACAACAAAGAUGGAAUCUCCCCUGUAAGCUAGCAGAAAAGAAAAAUGCUGGCAUGUAAAUGUGUUCUGAACUCGUAUGCUCACUAGGUACUGCUUCAGCUCGUUUGUAACAAACAAUGCAACUAACAACCAGAGAUAUUUUACCUCUACUUAUGGUGAUCCAACUUCUAUAUCCCAACAAAUCCAGCUCCACAUUAUAUGCUGAAGCUCUGUUCACUUUCAAGAUUACGCUUGGCAGUCCACAGCAAAUCUCAUGUAGUAUUGCAAAAUACCCAGGUGCUUUUCCUUUGUCUAACGGGGUACCAGCAAAGAUUGAUGGGACAAAUGAAGUUCCAACGCUUACACCUUUGCAAGAAGCUCAAGUUAAAAGACCUGGAGGAACGAGCGUUGCUGCCAUUGUUGGUGGUGUUGCUGCUGCCGUACUUGUGAUUGUCAUAGUAGUAAUUGUUUAUGCCUGUUUGAUGCGUGUUAAGAGAUUAAUAAGGCAAACAUCUGACACUGCUUCUUCUUUUCCAUCUCCAACUGUUGAAUUGGGAACACGCAGUACCUCACAGGACACAAGGCGGUUCACGAUCAUGGAACUUGAACAGGCCACAAGAAAUUUCAGUGAAAGUAACCUUGCAGGUGAAGGUAGAUUUGGUUUGGUUUACAAGGGUUUACUUCAAGAUGGAUCUAUUGUUGCUAUAAAAAGGCGCCAAUAUGCUUUGAUUCACAGUUUCAUCCCUAAGGUGAUGCAAAUAGCUAACAUUCACCACAUCCAUCUUGUCAAGCUUAUUGGUUAUUAUGAAGAUGGCUAUCAACAGUUACUUGUGCAUGAAUAUCUUCCCAAUGGAAAUGUAGGAAAUCACCUAUACGACAAUGAAGGUUUACCAAUUGGAAGGUUAGAUAUGCAGCGAAGAUUGUCUAUAGCUUUGGGUGCUUCCAAAGGAAUGGAACAUCUUCACUGCUUGGCUCCUCCAAUGCUGCACACAAAUUUUAGAACGAGCAAUGUUCUUGUGGAUGAAAGCUUCACCGCCAAGGUUUCUGAUUAUGGACUCUGCAAGCUGCUAGCUAACUCUGACCAUGCUGGCUCAUCCUCAAACACAGACUUCUUUCGUGACCCGGAGUUGAAUCAAUCAAAGGAUUUCUCAAAGACGAGCGAUAUAUACAGUUUUGGGGUCUUCUUACUUGAAUUGAUUAGUGGACGAGAAGUGCAUAAGUCAAACUCGGCAGAGAAUCUGGUAUUUCAGGUUAACAACAGCCAUGGCGUUUUGGAGGAGUUUGUGGACGCAACAUUAGGAGGCCAUGAAAAGCAAGCUGCGAAGAAGGUGAUGAAGUUGGCGACGAUGUGUCUAAACGAGAGUACUACAAGACCAUCAAUGGCACAAAUUGUGCGAGAGGUGGAGCAGAUUCAAAGAGAAUUCAGCUCCUUACAUUCUUACAACACUGAGGUGAUUGGUGGGGUCACUCUUGGGAGUGAUCUCUUCAAGUAGACCUCGGCUUGUUGCGAUGUCAGUUUCACUAGUACCAUUGAUUUUUCCCCUUAAAAUUAUUGAUAUGGUCAUUACUUGCGCACAGGCUAUUGUAAUAAUCCUGCCGAGAAUGGAUAUUCAUUUGUAAAAGCAUUCUUGGAUCUGACUCUCUUAAUUUCAGGCGCAAAGUUUCUAGCAUUAUUGAAUCUGAUCGCCUUGACUGACUUCAGGCGCAAAAUAUUCAAAAACUCCAUUCCUUAUUGUCAACUUAGCAUUUACUGUACUUUGUCUUUUUUGA